AUGCCCCCUCCCAAACCUCUCCUCCCUCAGCUCGACCCCGGCCACGACGGAUCCUCCAUCCCGGACACCCUCCGCAUCCCCGAGCCGUACGGGACCAACCUCCAGGUGCGCGGCUCGCGCGCCGCGCGCCGCAUCUUCCGCGCCAUGGGCGUGUGGCCGUGGGACAUUGUGCCCGAGUCGCCGCCCAAGAUCUGGGCCAUCAACCUGCUCGAGGACCUCGCCCUGGUCGUCGAGCACGUCGCCAAGGACCCCAGCGACACCCUCGAGGACCUGCGCAACGAGCUGCGCCGCUCGCUGGCCCGCGACCGCAAGCCUUCGUACGCCGGCAAGCUCAUGGCCCAGGAUGUCCACGCCGCCAAGAAGCGCUUCGUCAAGGCGUCGCAGUCGUCGCCGGCUCCCGACGACCAGGAGGACAGCGCGGAGCAGGAACCCGUGGAGCGACGGUCGGGUCGAAAGCGUCGCCCGGCCCUCAACAACGCGUCCAAUUCGCUGGCCGGCACUGCCGCUUCCCGCCGUCUCUCCUCCCCGGAAGGCAGCGACGACUACAUGGCGUCAUCCAUCACCGUCGCCUCCGACCUGCCGCCGUCUCCUCCGAUGCCCCGCCCGAUGUCCCGCCCCGUCAAGGCCCUCAAACGGCCCGGCAACACCCUGUCCAGCCCGGCCGACAAGCGGGGUCGCCCCAAUUCGCCCGAGGGCUCCCGGCUCUCAGCCGCCCAAAGCCUGAUGCUCUUCAGCUCCCCAAUGGCGGCCUUCCAGAUGGCGCCGCCGUUCGGGCCCAGCGGCUUGCCCCUCCGUAACAGCACCGCAAACUCCAACUCCGUCCGCGCUCUCGAUCCUGAAAGCCUCCAUGAUGCCCUCCAGCCAGCAACGGCUGCCUUCGCCUCCGCCAUCGAUUCCCACCUCCAAUCAAUACGCGAGUCCCUCGUCAUGGCCCAGAAAGACAUUUUCCCCCACCGGACGAUACACCAAGAAGCCGUGAGCAAGCUGCGUGCCUGCCAGGACGGCGUGCGGGUGAUCCAGGACGACAUCGACGAGUCUAAGCAGAACCUCGCACGCCUCCACGAGGAAACAGCGGAGCAGGCUGCGCUGGCACCGCAGCUCCAGGCGCUGCAGGAUAACAACAUGUCGCUGCCGCCGGAAAUUGCGCAGGCCAUUCGAAGCUACGAUUCGCGUAGGGCCGCAAAGAGCGACGAGGUCAAGAAGCAAGAGUCCACCAUCAGCGCCAAGACGGACCAGCUGCACCGCGCGAAGCAGGACCUGGACGCGGCGGAGAAGAACACCAACAUGCUCGAGGACGAGAUCCAGGGCCUCCAGGCGGCCGUCACGCGCGGCACCGAGGCGGCGCGGCUGGCGCACAUGUUUGGCGUGGUGGUGCAGCUGGGGCCCGAGGGACUGGCCAGCAUCGAGCGAAUAUACCCCGAGAUCGGCUCGCUGCUGGAGUCGCUGCUGGCCGCCAGAGGAAACGUGAUGCAGCUGCCUCUGAAGGAAGAAGAUCAAUGCGGCAUAUAG